GAGCAAGAGCGUGAGCCUCAGUCGGAGCUGUGGCUUCACCGAGCUUCUUCGUUGAAGUUGCAAGUUGCGACCCCUCCUCGCGGUGACCUAGUUACCGUUAAUAGGUUCGUGCCGAGAAAUCCCACAUUGCUUUACCUCUCUUACUCACUGCAAUCCCCAUUUCGUCGUCUCUCUCCCUCUCCUCGAAGGUUUUCAAUUCGUUGCGCUGGAGUUAAUCUGUUCGUAAUGGCAUCGACCAUGGCAUCUGGCCUGCACCUUGCAACAGCAAGACCCUAUGUAUCCUCUUCGCGCCGAGCUUUUAGAUUGGGUGCCACAAUUCUUGGUUACGGCAGUAAGGUGGCUUCAUGGCCUGAGCUUGCUAGCACUUGUCAUCUAUCAUGUAUGCUACCUCUCCGAGGAAUUUCUUCAUCAUCUGGGGUGAAAUCAGUUAAGCCUGUGACAAAGGCCAUGUCUGAAGCUAGUCAAAGCAAGCCUUCGUCGGGUUUGCCGAUUGACUUGAGAGGUAAGAGGGCAUUUAUAGCAGGUGUUGCUGACGACAAUGGUUACGGUUGGGCAAUAGCAAAAUCUCUUGCUGCUGCUGGUGCUGAAAUUCUUGUUGGCACAUGGGUGCCAGUUUUGAACAUCUUUGAAACCAGCCUGAGGCGUGGAAAGUUUGACGAAUCGCGUGUGUUGCCAGAUGGUUCUGUCAUGGAGAUCUCCAAAGUAUAUCCUUUGGAUGCUGUAUAUGAUACUCCAGAUGACAUUCCUGAAGAUGUUAAAACAAACAAGCGUUACACAGGAUCCAGCAAAUGGACUGUUCAGGAAGUAGCAGAAUCUGUGAAGCAGGACUUUGGCAGCAUUGACAUCCUUGUUCACUCACUUGCAAAUGGGCCAGAGGUAACCAAGCCUUUGUUGGAAACGUCAAGGAGGGGUUAUCUUGCAGCGAUAUCUGCUUCAAGUUACUCCUAUGUUUCAUUACUCAAGCAUUUUAUACCGAUAAUGAACCCAGGUGGUUCUUCAAUAUCACUUACCUACAUUGCUUCUGAGAGGAUCAUUCCAGGGUAUGGUGGAGGAAUGAGUUCUGCAAAAGCUGCUCUAGAAAGUGAUACACGAGUGCUUGCUUUUGAAGCAGGAAGAAAGAACAAAAUUAGAGUGAAUACUAUAUCCGCCGGUCCUUUAAGAAGCCGUGCGGCAAAAGCAAUUGGAUUUAUUGAUACGAUGAUAGAGUAUUCCUUGGCCAAUGCUCCUUUGCAGAAAGAACUGUCUGCAGAGGAGGUGGGGAACACCGCUGCAUUCUUGGUGUCGCCUUUGGCUUCUGCCAUAACAGGAGCCGUUUUAUACGUCGACAAUGGCCUAAAUGCCAUGGGAGUUGGAGUUGACAGUCCACUAUUCGAGGACCUUGACAUACCAAAGGACAAGCACUGAAGAUUACGUAGUGGGCGCAACAGAAGAGCGCUGCACCGGAAGAUUUGCCAUCUCUGCUCAGUUUUGCUCCUCUUUACCGACAUCACCGUAGGAAGGCUCCAGAUUUUGUCCUAGAGUGUUAAUCUUCUUUUCUGAAGGAAAAGGCAUGUCGCGUUCCAUGAAUUGGAUAAAAAAAACCCAUAAGCAAGUGCCGUUAAUCCAUCCAUAUUUGCCUGCUAGCGUCUAUAAAAUAGUAAUUACUCCGAAA